CUUUAGUCUCUCUAAUAUACUCCUUUUGGCUAGGCUGAUAUAAACGAGACCAAUAGGGAAGAAAUACGAAUACAACACAUUUUAACCCAUUGAUUGCCACCAACGUAGAUUCCUUGGUUCUGCUGGCAGGCAGGGGGUUAAUGCAGGACUCUGGAAGCUGAUACUUAAAGCGCCGAGCAUUAAGGCCGAGGGGGAUCUGCCCAUGAAUGAGAAGCUCAGCUGAUUUAGAAAGGAAAAUACAGGUGGAAAAACCAGUUUGCAGUAGGUGUGUACCUGUCGCUGUGAGUCGCCGGCUCCCAUGCACUGUUCUUGUGAAGUCCCGAAGCCUUUCCACCGACAAGAUGGGCACCUACAUCGAGGGGCAUGAAAAACAACAGCAGGAGAGCGGCUCCAGUAAAUGCUAUGGGCCUCAGUCCUCUGCCCCCAAGGGAAUCGAUGACAUGGAGCUGAAGGAGGAAUGGCAGGAUGAAGAUUUUCCCAGGCCUCUUCCGGAGGCAGCUACAGAAGAGGAAUUUGAAUCCAGUGAAUGCAGUCAGUCAGCUAGCACACCAACCACCAUAGAAUUAUGUGGGAACCGUCACUUUAAAAAGCGCCUAUCUGCCCCAUCUAUAAGCUUUAAUCUGGAGAACAGUGGGGAGUCAAUUGCCUCGAGUGAACGGGCAGAACAAUCCACAGACGACUUAGAUUUUGAUAUUGAUGAUUUGGAAACUCCAAACAGCAGCGAACUGUUGGACUGCCCUGAAUUUGAGUGGGACGAUGACCUGCCAAAGGCCAAAGGGACGGAGAGCUCUGUCUGCUCGGAGAGCCGCGUGACUGACAUGGAAGACCAAAAUGGCAGAAAGUGGCGGAUAUUUCUGAUGGGAGAACACAAAGUUGACAUGACCGCUAUAGAGCCAUAUAAACAAGUGAUCUCCCAUGGAGGUUAUUAUGGGGAAGGCCUGAACGCAGUUAUUGUAUUUGCAUCCUGUUACUUGCCGGAGGAUUCCAUCCCAGAUUAUCAGUAUGUGCUGAACAACCUAUUCAGGUAUAUCAUAGGGACGUUGGAUUUAAUGGUGGCUGAUGACUACAUGUUGGUGUAUCUCAAUGGUGCUACUCCCCGCUGCAAAAUUCCCCCAAUCAGCUGGAUCAAGCGAUGUUACCAGGCUACGGGCAGACGGUUAAAGAAAAACCUAAAAUCUGUAUUAAUUCUGCACCCCACUUGGUACGUCAGAGCCCUGCUGGCAAUUACUCGCCCAUUUAUAAGCUCAAAGUUUUGGAAGAAGGUGAAGUUCAUCAGCAGCCUGGAGGAUCUGUCCAUGGUGGUGUCGAUGGAGCAAAUUCACAUUCCAGACUGUAUCAGGCAGUUAGAUAAAGAGAUGAAUCCCUAAAUCCCCAGACCCCAACUCUGAUUUAUCUCUGCUUGGAGCUGAAGAACUUUGAAGGUGCUUUUGGGGUAUACACCCCACAAUUGACCUGUGUGCUGCCCAAUUGAUAUUGCGCCUCCUGGAAGGAUAUUUGAUAAACUGAUGCAGCCCGUAGGGGCUACUGGACUUCUUUGCAGGCACUUAAACUGUUUGUAUUGCACCAGUUCACCUGCAACCUACUGCCACUAAAGGAGAGUCACCUGUGCAUGAUGGUCGUCAUGGCCCCUUCAGAUUUUGUAAAACUACAACCCCCAGCAUGCCUCCAUUGGUCGAGCUUCCUAAGGGAUGCUGGGAGCUGUAGCUCUGCAUCAUAUGGCCUACCUAAUGAUCCGAUCCAGUCCUGGUAUUUCAGAGACCUUAUUUCACAUUACAAUGCAAUAUUAGAGGAAUUAGGCUUUAUUAAACCCAGGACUGGAUCGUUAUCACCCUAAUGAUAUGAAGUUAGGUGACUCUGUUGUUAUAAUAUAUAACUCUCCCUAGCAAUGAGACAAUAUUUUUGAUGUCUGAAAGAAUGAUAAACAGGACAGAGAGGAGCAAUAAAAUAAAAGUGCUUAAAAAUAUAGCUUGGCUGCCAGGACAUGCACCCUAGCAACCACAUAGAACUGUCUAAUUCCAGCUUAGAAUGUAGAUUCAACUCCAAUUCAUUUUUUUUUAAAUUGCAUGACGUGUGCUUGAAACACAGAGCCCCUUUCAUGGAAUUCCGGAAGAUCCUUCUCAAAGCCGCUCUAGAAUGUGGGAUUCAGUCCCCAAGAAAGAGCGUCAGCUUUUGAGAAUUCCAUAAAGCAUGGUUAAUAUUGCUUGGCUCACACUAAAGCCGAAUGAGUUUUUAUUAAAUAACCCUGUGUUUAUAUAACCCAAUGUCCAUGAAAAUGUCCAUUCCUGCUCUGAGUUUUUUUUAUUUACACUUGCACUGUAUGAGAUGCCAUACUGCUUGCCCCAGCUGAGGCAUUCUCCAUAAGCUACACCAGAACUGCACCCUCUAUGGGUUAAAAUAAAUAUCUCUCUAUUAAUACUGGCAGAGAAAGUGUUGGCAAAGUAAGAUUUCAUUCAGCUCUUUUAUUAAUUUUGCUGCAUUUCUGACCACUCAUCAUCUGCGCAAGGACAAUCAUGUCACAUGAUUAAUAAAGGAGCUGUGCUUGGUUUGGGGGAUGCACAUUGGAUAUACAUUUGGUAUCUGGACCUCUAUGUUUGUGUCUAAUUUUAUUGGGUGAAGAAGGUGAUCUUUAGUUCUAUUUUGGAUUUGGCCGAACCUCUGAAUCCUUCAUGAAAGAUUCGGCCGAAUCCAAAUUCUAAUUUGCAUAUGCAAAUUAAGGGUGGGAAGGGGAAAACAUUUUUACUUCCUUGUUUUGUGACAAAAAGUCAUGUGAUUUCCUUCCCCGCCCGUAAUUUGCAUAUGCAAAUUAAGAUUCGGAUUUGGUUCGGAUGGGAAGAAGGAUUUGGUCGAAUCCUGGAUUCGGUGCAUCUUUUAUUACAAAUGCACAAAUGUUAAAUUGGAAAAAAUACACCAAAAACUGCAUUUUUUGCACACAAGUAUUUUAGCUUGCUUGUCUGUGUAUAUAUGUGUGUGAAUAUAACAUGGGAGGGUUCUUUACGGGGUGGUGGGAAGUUGUGCUCACUCAUUAUUCCAAUGUACAAAUAUGAAUAAACUGUAUUUUUGUAUGUUCGA